GAAACGAAAGCAAGCACAGGCUACGUAAACAAAAAUAUUGCAAAAAUACACAGUUGCAUAUAAAAAUGUAUCUAUAUGAUACAAAGUUACUCAUAUAGAUAGAUAAAUAAUGCAAAUCAAUGAAAUUAAUAAACCCCAUUUAUUAACCAGAUGGAAACAUUGGGACAUAAAAUGUACACACACCCAAAAAAUGAAAACCUGACCUAUGCAAAAAAAUGAAUAAACACUAUUAGAAUAUGGAGGGCAGAGACACAUCCACACUUAAUAGAGAACUUUCUUAAUGCUCCUGACAGUGUGCAAAUUUUAUAACAGAACAAUGAAUUUGCUUUGUAGAAUUUGCCAGCACCUCUCAUUCAGAAUUUGACAGGUGAAAAGGGGGAUUCCUUACAUUCUCUUGGAAGCUUCCCGAGAGCACAGAUGGAUGAGCAAGACUCAGCUGGCCUUGAAGCAGGAAGAGGCCAGGCCAUGGAAACUGGGAGCAGUGGGGGAUUCUGGGAAAGCUCCAGGCAGAAGAUCCUGGGCGAGGAGGACACCCUUCGCUCAGAGGCGCAGAACCACCAGUUCAGGGAGUUCUGCUACCAGGAGGCCAAAGGACCCCGAGAGGUUUGCAGCCGACUCCACCACUUUUGCCACCAGUGGCUGAAGCCAGAAAGGCACACGAAAGCUGAGAUGCUGGACCUGGUGAUCUUGGAGCAGUUCCUGGCUGUCCUUCCACCGGAGAUGGAGAGCUGGGUGAGGGAAUGUGGAGCGGAGACCAGUUCCCAGGCAGUGGCCCUGGCCGAAGGUUUCCUCCUGAGUCAGGCAGAGGAGAGGAAGCAGGAAAAGGAUCUUUUUGCAGAAACGGGUCCUGAUUCCUCUGAGGCAGAGAGGACUUCGCUGGACACCAGAGAGAGGCCGCUGGGUGAAAGAAGGAUGCUGGCAAGACCUCCUCAUCUAUCUCUUCAUCCUGGUGGAGGGGAAGCAGCGGCUGAGGAACCGGAUCAGGGCUCAGUUUCGUUUGAAGAUGUCGCUGUUUGUUUCACGGCUGAGGAGUGGACAUUGCUGGAUCCUGACCAGAGAGCUCUGCAUAAGGAAGUCAUGGAGGACAAUUGUGGGAUCUUGACCUCUCUAGGUGGUGAUGGACUGGAAAUUAAGAACAAGGGAAACCAUGACAAAAUCCACACAGAGAAGCCAUAUCAAUAUUCGGAGUCUGGAAAGAACUUCAAUCAGAGCUCCCGUUCAAUUUCCCAUGAAAGAAAUCUCAUUGGGAAGGAACCCUAUCAGUGCUUGGAGUCUGUUAAGGGCUUUCAUAUAAGCACAAGUGUCUGUCGACAUCAGAAAAUUCACAGUGGGGAGAAACCAUAUCAGUGCUUGGAAUGUGGGAAGGGCUUUGUCUGGAAGAUAAGUUUGACUUCCCAUCAAAGAAUUCAUAGAGGGGAGAAACCAUAUCCGUGCUUGGAAUGUGGGAAGAGGUUCAACCAGAGAGCCCAUCUCACUUCCCAUCAAAAAAUUCACACAGGGGAGAAACCGUAUGAGUGCCUAGAAUGUGGGAAGAGGUUCAGUCAGAGGACCCACCUCAGUUCCCAUCAAAGAAUCCAUACAGGGGAGAAACCGUAUCAGUGUCUGGAAUGUGGAAAGGGCUUCAGUCAAAGGGCCCACCUCACUAUCCAUGAAAGAAUUCAUACAGGGGAGAAACCAUAUCAGUGUACGGAAUGUGGGAAGAGCUUCAGUAAGAGUUCCGUUCUCACUAACCAUCAAAGAAUCCAUACGGGGGAGAAACCAUAUCAUUGUUUGGAAUGUGGGAAGUGCUUCAAUGAGAAAACUAAUCUAAUUUCCCAUCAAAGAAUCCAUACAGGAGAGAAACCCUAUCAGUGCUUGGAAUGUGGGAAGAGCUUCCGUAAGAGUACUUUUCUCACUUCCCAUCAAAGAAUCCAUACGGGGGAGAAACCAUAUCAGUGUUCGGAAUGUGGUAGGAAGUUCAGUCAGAAGGCCCACCUCACUUCACAUCGGAGAACUCAUCCAGGUGAGAAACCCUAUCAGUGCAUGGAAUGUGGAAAGAGCUUCAGUGACAGCAGCAAUCUCGCUUCUCAUCAAAGAAUUCAUACAGGGGAGAAACCAUUUCAGUGCUUGGAAUGUGGAAAGAGCUUCAAUCACAGCUCACAUCUCAAAGCCCAUAAAAGAAUUCAUACCGGAGAGAAACCAUAUCAGUGCUUGGAAUGUGGGAAGAGCUUCAGUCAGAGCAGCCCUCUCACUUCGCAUCUAAGAAUUCAUACAGGGGAGAAACCAUAUCAAUGUUUGGAGUGUGGAAAGAGCUUCAGUCGGAAGAAUAGUCUUACUUCCCAUCAGAGAAUUCAUACAGGGGAGAAACCAUAUCAGUGCUUGGAAUGUGAGAAGUGCUUCACUACAAGAAGUGACUUUCAUCAACAUAAGAGAAUUCAUAGUGGGGAGAAACCAUAUCAGUGCUUGGAAUGUGGGAAGAGCUUCAGUCAGAGGGCCAAUCUCACAUCCCAUCAAAGAAUUCACAGUGGGGAGAAACCAUAUCAGUGCUUGGAAUGUGGAAAGAGCUUCAGUCGCAGCUCUUAUCUCACUUCCCAUCGAAUAAUUCAUACAUGGGAGAAACCAUAUCAGUGCUUGGAAUGUGGAAAGUUCUUCACUACAAGCAGAUACCUCUGUCUACAUCAGAGGAUUCACAGCGGGGAGAAACCAUAUCAGUGCUUGGAAUGUGGGAAGUUCUUCACUACGAGCAGAUACUUCCAACGGCAUCAGAGUAUUCACAGCGGAGAGAAACCAUACCAGUGUGUGGAAUGUAGAAAGAGCUUUUCCAGGAAGGACAGUCUUACUUCCCAUCAAAGAAUUCAUACAGGGGAGAAGCCGUAUGAGUGCUUAGAAUGCACAAAGUGUUUUGCUGCAAGAAAAGAGUUAUGGCGACAUAAGAGAAUUCACAGUGGGGAGAAACCAUUUCAAUGCCAAGAGUGCGGAAAGAGAUUCACCUUGAAGCAAACUCUCACUUCCCACCAAAGAAUUCAUACAGCAGAGAAACAUGAAUAGGGCUUGGAAUAGAAUAGAAUACUUUAUUGGCCAAGUAUCAACCAUACUUGGAAUUUUGCUUCGACUACAUUGCAAUGUGAAGAAAAAAACGUACCUCAUACAAACAGUAUUCCCCUCACAAUACAACAGCACAGCGAAAAGAUCCCAUGCCACCAACUGGCCUCCCUUCCGUCCACAACUACAGAUUCAACAUUCUGAUGGCACAAGGAAAAAAGCUAUUCCUGUGCCGAGACGUUUUGUAUAUAGAGUCCUGUACUGACGUCCGGAUGAGAGUAAAUCAAACAGGUGAUGACCAGGAUGCGAAGGGUCUACAGCAAUUCUCUCUGCUCUCUUCCUGACUCGAGCGGCAUAAAGUGUCUCUAUUGGAGGCAAACUAACACCAAUUAUCCUCUCUGCAGUUCUUACUGCUUGUUGGAGCCUCUUCUUAUCCAGCUUAGAGGCUGUACAAUACCAGACAGUGAUGGAAUUACAGAGAACAGUUUCAAUAGAAUAUGGAAAGAGCUUCAGCUGGAAGGAAAUCUCACUUCCCAUGAAAGAACUCACAGUGGAGAAAAUCCUGGAAUUAUCGAAUAGUAGCUUUGGGGGGGAUCUUUAGGGUCAUCUCUGGAGACCCAGGUGGCGCUGUGGGUUAAACCACUGAGCCUAGGGCUUGCUGAUCAGAAGGUCAGCGGUUCGAAUCCCUGUGAUGGGGUGAGCUCCCGUUGCUUGGUCCCAGCUCCUGCCAACCUAGCAGUUCGAAAGCACGUCAAAAUGCAAGUAGAUAAAUAGGAACCGCUACAGCGGGAAGGUAAACGGCGUUUCCGUGUGCUGCUCUGGUUUGCCAGAAGCGGCUUUGUCAUGCUGGCCACAUGACCUGGAAGCUAUACGCCGGCUCCCUCGGCCAAUAAUGCGAGAUGAGCGCCAACCCCAGAGUCGGUCACGACUGGACCAAUGGUCAGGGGUCCCUUUACCUUUACCUUUAGGGUCAUCUAGUCUAACCAACUGCAAUGCAUCUUGAUGUUUAUUCAGAAUCUCUUUCUUGUUAUGUUUUUGUGGGGUUACAUGGUUCUUCACCUCCUUUUCAAUCAUGAGAAUAACUGUGAGGUAGGUUAGGCUCCCCAAGAUCGCUCAGUGAGCUUCAUGGCCAAGUAGGUAUUUGAACCCACGUCUCCCAGGGUGUAGUCGAAUACUCUAGGCCAGGGGGGGGGGGCAACUUCCAAGAGACUGCAAUCUACUCACAGAAUUAAAAACUGGCAGUGAUCUACCCCCAUUUUUAGGGGUUCAAGUCGAAGUUGUUGAGCUUUUUUUAGGGAGGGGGAAAGCCCCGUUUUAGGGGUUUCAGAAGGCACACGUUGCUUAGCUUUUGGGGGCAGGGGUGCAACGCUUUUACAUUAUUUUGGGGUCAAAGAGAACAGCAGCUCACCGAAGGAUGAGGGCAAGGGGAGGGGGCCAGCGAUCGAUCGCGAUCUACCAAAACCCCGCGAUCGACCUGUUGGACAUCCCUGCUCUAGGCAAUAUACUACACUGGCUCUCCCAUGAGACUCUUAGAAAUUGUUUGUGCAUGUUUGUCUGCUUAGAAUUUGGAUGCCAUAUUCUGGUGUUUUUAUUUAAAGCUGUAUACUCCUCUAGCAAAUAUAAUAGAUUUAAGGUAAUAUUAGCUGGGCGGAGGGACUGUUGAUUGGCUGAGAGUUUGGAAGGGUCUUUAAGUAAGUACAACAUAACAAUCAGGCCUUUGGCUAGUUAAACUUUAUCCUUUUAAGUCUCUUUGUGGGAGGAGAAUAUUGGUGUGUUUCAUUUUUGUUUUUAUUAUGUAAUUGGUGUUUUAAUUUUCAAUUUUAAUGCUGGGGACUGCCCUGAUAUCUUCAAAUGAAGGCAGCAUACGAAUUUAACUAAGGUUAACAACACCUUGGUACUCAAACAACCUGGAACCCAAACACUGCAAACCGAGAAAUGAGUGUGAACUUUUUCUGGAAGCUGAAUGUGCUCCAUUUUGAGUGUUACACUUCGUUUUGAGUGUUACGCUGAGGCCUGUCUGUUUUUGCCAUUUAUUUUGCAUUUUUGUUUUUGCAGCUUUUUUGUUUUGUUUUUGUGUUCAGCUACUGAUUGAUUGUGUGACUGUAGUACAUUGUUUAUUGCUUUCAUUUUAUGAAUCAGUGGUCUUGUUAGGCGUUCUUUUUAAAAAGUCUGGAACGGAUUAUUCCAUUUUGCAUUAGUUUCUAUGGGAAAAUGCGCCUUGGUUUUGGAACGCUUUGGUUUUGGAACGGACUUCUGUAACGGAUUAAGUUUGAGAACCAAGAUACCCCUGUAAAUGAAAAAUAAGGUUAUCAUAAACCAUAAAGGAAAAUUUAAAAAUACUCUGGGGUGGCAGCUGGAAUGAAGGGGCAGUUUGGUGAAAGACCCAGUCAAGACCCAGUGAAGAGAUCCAGGAUUUAAAACUUCAAAGCCAAAUUGAGUGUGUCUGUGUCAGAAUUAAGGGAGAGAAAAACAACAGUGAUCUCAUUGUGGGAGUUUACUAUAGAUCCCCAAGCCAAACUGAGGACACAGAAGAUGCCUUCCUGGAACAGAUGACCAAGCAUUCGAAAGGAAGUGAGAUAGUAGUAAUGGGGGAUUUCAACUAUCCUGAUAUUUGUUGGAUGUCAAACUCAGCCAAGAACAUAAGGUCGAACAGAUUCCUCACUGGCCUUGCAGACAAUUUCAUUGUCCAGAAAGUGGGAGAAGCAACAAGAGGGUCAGCCAUUUUAGAUCUGGUCCUAACCAAUAGUGAUGACCUGGUUAGUGGGGAAGAAGUGGCAGGAUCAUUAGGUGGGAGUGAUCAUGCUCUUCUGGAGUUUAUUAUUCAGCAGAAAGGAGCAACCAAGCAUACUAAGACUCAAAUCCUAGACUUUAAGAAAGCCGACUUCAGAAAACUUAGGGAAACGCUGGGUGAGAUCCCAUGGACAGAAAUACUAAAAGGGAAGGGAGUUCAUGAUGGUUGGGAGUUUGUUAAAAGGGAGAUAUUAAAAGCACAACUUCAGGCAAUACCAAUGAGACGGAAACAUGGAAGGUGCCUAAAGAAGCCAGGGUGGCUAUCUAAAGAACUUUUAACUGAGUUAAGAUUUAAAAGGGAUAUAUACCAAAAAUGGAAAAAGGGGGAAAUCACCAGAGAGGAAUUCAAACAAAUAGCCAGCACGUGUAGAGACAAAGUCAGAAAAGCUAAAGCACAGAAUGAACUCAGGCUUGCUAGAGAGCUUAAAAGCAACAAAAAGGGCUUUUAUGGGUAUGUCCGUAGCAAAAGGAAGAACAAGGAAACAGUGGGGUCGUUUAGAGGAGAAGAUGGUGAAAUGCGAACAGGGGAUAGAGAAAGGGCAGAACUCCUCAAUGCCUUCUUUGCCUCAGUCUUCUCCAAAAAAGAAAACCCUGAAGAAUAUGGAGCAGAUGAUUCAGCAGGGGAAACACAGCCCAGAACAAGUAAGGAGGUAGUACAAGAAUACUUGGCUAGUUUAGAUGUAUUCAAGUCUCCAGGGCCAGAUGAACUGCAUUCAAGAGUAUUAAAAGAACUGGCAGAGGUGAUUUCAGAACCACUGGCAAUAAUCUUUGAAAAUUCCUGGAGAACAGGCGAAGUUCCAGCAGCCUGGAGGAGGGCAAAUGUUGUCCCUCUAUUCAAAAAGGGGGAAAGAGAGGACCCAAACAAUUACUGCUCAGUCAGCCUGACAUCAAUACCAGGAAGGAUUCUAGAGCAGAUCAUUAAGCAAACGGUCUGUGAGCACCUAGAAAGUAACGCUGUGAUCACUAAAAGUCAGCAUGGGUUUCUGAAAAAUAAGUCAUGUCAGACUAAUCUGACCUCAUUUUUUGACAG